ACGGAAAAGUUUUCCGAGCCGUUCGGACGUGGUUUUUAAGCGAAUUUUUUUUCCUGACUUAUCGCGCGCCCUAAAUCGACGAGAUGUCCAGCAUUCGCCGCUGCGUAGCCCGGGACUGCCCCAUCACCAGCUUGGAGGCCAAACUCUAUGGAUGGCCACGGGAUAAGGAGAUGGCCCUGAAGUGGAGGCAAAACCUCCGGAUUUCGCCAGACGCCCACAUUGCCCCAACCAACACCUUCAUUUGCGGCGCCCACUUCCCUCACUUCGCCGUUGGAGGCCAGCGACUGAAGCGUGGGGCGGUCCCAACCCUCAACCUUGGACCAGAAGAAGAUGUCGUUCUGCAGCAUUCGAUUGAGGAGGCAAAGGGGUACCGCAGUUGCUGCGUUGAGGGCUGCUCCCCCCAUGACGACCAGACCCUAUUUGGCUUCCCGAGGACGGAAGUUGCCUUCAAUAAUUGGGCCUUAGUUUGCAAUUUGAAAGUGUCAUUUCCGCCAAAUACAAAAAUUUGUAUUUGCGAACGUCAUUUUCAUAAUAGAUAUUUAACUAAAACGCGACUUUUAAAGGGGGCUUUUCCUCUAUUCAAUUUGCCACCUCAAAUUCCGAGUGAGCCAAAUAGCUGCUCCUCCGAAUUAAUCCUUCAGCCUGUUAAGCAUGUUUACAUGCCGAUAAAGUCGGAAGGCGACUUGACACUCGAGCAAUUCGAACAAUUCUCUGAUUUAGAAGUCAAAAGACAGCGUUUUGAUGUUCGCGGUACUGAGGGGGGCCUUAGCAAUGAACCUGGUUUUUGCGACCAUGAGCCUUUCGCUCGGGCUGCGCGUAUUUAUCAGGGUAACGCGAGAAAGCAGGACAUACGUAUUGAAGAGUUGCAAAACGAAAACGUCGCGUUCAAGCAACAAAUUGCUCGUUUGCAAACACACGCGAUAAUAGCUUCGCCCGAUUGUAGCGAUGACGCUUUAAAUUUUGCUAGAAUGAUAGUGCGGUCGGUUAGUUCCUACACGGACACGGAAAAAACUUUAGCUCAAAAUAUUAAUUACAUGUCGACUAAAGCCUAUAAUUUUAUGCGCGAUGACUUGAAGUUUUCACUUCCUCACAAAAAAUCGCCUUUGCGAUAGCGUCCUAUUAAAUAUGUAUCGCCGGGUAUAGAUUUUAAAGUAAUAGAAAAAUUAAAAUAUGCCGUUUCUGAAAUGUCUCCCACCGAGCGGUUUUGCGAAAUUUUAUUCGACGAAAUUUCUAUUAAAAAAGAUCUCGUUUAUAAUAAAAGUAGAGACUUGAAGAUGAAACCAA